ACUGUCAUACGACAUUUCCAAAGGUCAAGACCAAAAUGACGCAGGCGUCGAAAAGAGUAUGGCCUAGGCCUAUAUUAAUAUUAUUAUAAGCUUGUAAAGUCACAGUUGAAAGCAGUAUUCUUGGGAGGAACAAGUGUGAAAUAAUUGGUAAUCAAAGUCAUAUCUCCUAGACAUAACCCAGUGUUUACGCUAGAGUAUAUAUUAUUUCCCAGAAUCCUACUAUCCAAUUGUCUAGAAGAGGAAAGAAUCAUCUCCUUACAGGUUUCUUUUUAAAUCUCUCACAAGGAUUCCCCAGUGUGUACUAUCCAACCAUUGUCAGGGAAAGUUAAGCAUCAUCUUCAUACAGAAUGCAGUAACAAGAUGAAUGGAGACUAUACAGUUUUUUCCAGAUACAAGAAAUCAGUGUGAUUGGACUAAUGGUGAACAGUUGGACCCUGCAAAAGAGAGAGAUUUGUAAAGGAUUCAGUACCCAGUGUAAAGAGAGAUCUCCCUGACUGAGGAAAUCCACACGGGAUUCUGUUAUAAAACCUCAGGAUAAAGAAAUAGAUGUCUGCUGUAAAUAAUGUAUAGAUUAGUGUACCAGAAAUCUGUCACCGUGUCUGGUGUUAGAGGGUGUAGUCACAUUUCCCGUGUUACAUCAGACCGGCUCUGGAUCAGUGAUAAUAUAGGCAAUCUUAUACUGACAAACACAAAAGGAGAAGAACUAGAUCAUGUGACAGAUAUACGUAGUGAUCUGGGAGGACACAGUGUGAAUUCUAACGGUGAUCUAAUUUAUAUAGACAGUAGUUAUAACAUCAAUAAACUGUCUACAGAGAAUAAAGAAAAGACUACAAUAAUAAAGUACAACACAUCACCAUGGGAACCACAGAGUGUCUACAGCUCCCCCUCCACUGGAGACCUGCUGGUCGGGAUGUAUAGACGUGAUACAGUGACAGGCAAGGUAGUGCGGUAUAACUCCACAGGAGAAAACAUCCAGACCAUACAGCACGACAACAUCACAGGUCAGGGACUGUAUAAUAGACCUAUCUACAUCACAGAGAACCGCAAUGGAGAUGUUAUUGUGUCUGACGUGGACCGUGGUGCUGUAGUGGUGACAGAUCGUGACGGUAAUUACCGAUUCUCCUACAGAGGUCCUCCACCAGGAUCAGGACUACAUCCAUGGGGAAUCUGUACUGACGCGCUGUCACACAUCCUGGUGUGUGAUUAUAUCACAGAGUCAGUACAGAUGUUAGAUAGUGACGGUCACUAUCUGACAGAGAUACAGACACGACAACACGGGAUAGACAGACCACAGGGCCUGAGUUAUGAUGAGGACACUCACACACUGUGGGUAGGGUCAUACUGGGACAACAGAGUCAACCUAUACAGAGUGGUAGAUACAGACUCUCUGACUGGAGUCCCCCUGGAGAACAUCAAAUGUAGAAAACAUCCCAGAAUUCCCCUGGACCAGUUCUGUACCCCGUGUGGUGUUCCCUUGUGUGUGGAGUGUACCAGCUCUGAGGAUCACAGCAGACAUCAACUUAGAAAGAUAAAAGAAUUGUUUGACAGCAUUCACAGGAUAGGGGAUGGAGAUACACUAUUGAUGUGCCUUCUUCUUUCCAAUUCCUACAAAAUAAACAUGAAAGAAGGAAACUGGAUGACCAUAUAUAAUGCAGUUGCCAAAUGUUUUCACUCAAAGAAAAUCAAAAAGCCAUUUGAUCUUGCAGAUUUAGAAAAAUACAAACCAAUCCUGAAACUUGAUAAAUCAGAGAUCAGUUUUUCCAAUGAGGUAUUCAAAAGUGUCAGUUUCCUGAAAUUCUCAAGGAGUUCUGGCUUUACUGAACUUUUCUUGACUUGGGCAGAGAAAGAAAACGUAGCUGAGUACUGUAGAUCAUGGAAUUAUCGGAGAAGAGAAGACGAGGUUUGCUGUUGGUUAUUGCCAGAAAAAUAUGGGGAGUUUCUGCAAAAACUUGGAGAAGAUAUUUUCACACACCCAACAAUGGAGGACCAGUCAUUCCAUGAAGUCGUAUUUAGAAACUUUGGAAUACCAAUGCAGAUUAUACUAAGGGGAGACAAAUCAGUGACGAACUUCAUUGAGAAUUUAAAGAAAGGGAAGACAACCAUGUACCAUGCCACUGGGAUGAUAAUAGGGUGUGCUGGUAGUGGUAAAACAACAUUGUUAGAGAGACUGAAGGACAUUGACCUGGAAGAAAUAAAGGAAAAAAUCAGUUCAACCAGAGGAGUCGAUAUCCACACAGAUGUAUUUGAUGUGACGGAUAGCAUCCAAGGUAUUCUUUAUUCAAUAUAUUUAUUUUUACAUUUAUUUUAAUUUAAUUUUGCAAAUGUUUUCCUUUACAUAGCACCACUGAAAUCAAUGCGUAUCUAUCAAUCGGCUAUGUUAAGGACCGAUAUGGAAAAUGUGACCUUAGCACUGAUUUAAUAUACAUUACCUCUUUUAAAAAAUU